AUGUUUUUAGUCACAGAAGAACAACUUCGUAACUACGCACCACCAAUUCAAAUCUUGAUGCUCGCUAUGGCACUUGCUCUCGUCGCAGUUUUCUUCUAUUAUUCAUUCUGGGAAUCAUUUUACAAAAUCGUCUUUACAGAUGAACCACGUACAGGCGCGGACUAUGCAGCUUUUGCAUUAUCUAUCGGUAAUAUCAUUGUUAUUAUUUCUACUGUCUUUAGAUUACUCAAACAUUCCGCUGAUGAAUUAAAGAAGAAGCUGAAAUAA